AUGUCUACCAUCAUCACCAGCCCCAAAUGCAAUCGAUGCUGCCCUGACCCUAAGCUCCCCCAUCGCCAUGGCUUCUCGCCUUCAAAGCUAAGAACUGAAUCAGGCCUACCUCAGAAUAACUUCCUUCCUGAGGAUCAGACGUCUAGUGGUGAUGAUAGCCAGGAUGAGAACGACGGAGAGGGAGACGGCAAUCCUCCAAACCCCUUCGAGCCGGUGACAACUACGGCACCCCAAGAUCAGCGAUCUAUAACUGCGCAGUCAAUGACGACCGAUAACCCAUUCAUACCCUCUCCAACCACAGGCCAGGCUGGCACGUCUACUUCUGCCUCAUCUUACCCGCCCACUUCGACAGAAACAGCCACGACCACCUCUCAAGGGCUUCUUUCCACCGGCUCGACAUUUUCCAGUUCCUUUGCUACGAGUUCAACUUCACUGGUGCCACUUGCCAGUGACAGUACCGAGUCGGCCGCAGCAUCGACCACGGAAAUUUCUGCCAAUGAGACUGUCAGCGCCUCGAGUCAUCCCAUAGCUAAAGCUGCAAUCAUAGUCCCGUCCCUGUUGGGGGCUGUGGCCGCUGUUGUGGCUGUCUACCUUCUCUUUCGUUAUUGCAACCCGCUCAAGGCCAGAUGGGCGAUUUACCGCGCACGACAAGGCCAGAGGCUACCUGGAGAGGAAGAAGAUGGAAUGGCAUCGAAAGCAGCUCCGCAAAUGUCUGAAGCGUAUGCCACGCGGGCCAAAGAGGCGCGACCUGCUUCAACCGUGGUCACGACAGCACCAUCGGUCACCAGAGGCACAGCUAUCGCUCUACCUAUCACGACUACACGCGCGCCUCCACCAGUUCUGGUCCGCAGUGGUUCGAAGAAUAACCCUCCCAACGGCGCAGCUUCUGACCACCUUCAACGAUCUCAAAGUACUCGCAGUAGACGAAGCCUCCACGACAGUACUGCAGCUCCACCCGCGUACACUUCAGGCGGCUCUGGAACAUAUCUUUCCCAGUUCAACGUGGAGGAGGAGUACGCGGGCUCUCGAAGCGUGGACGGUCAAUUCAGACAUCCCAACGGUCUGGCGAACAAUCCUCCGACUCCUGUGGCGCGCAACGCACCUGCCUUAGCAGAAAGAGACGAAGCCAUGAGCACCGUGCCCAACCUUCCUUCUCCCAGAAGCCUGACGAUCUCGGGCCUCGGCAUGAUGGACUUCCCUCUGCCACCGACUACACCGUCGACGGCGCAUUUCUCCACUCCAACUCCCCCCGAAUCGAACUUUAACUCUCCACGGCGACUUCGCAAAUCCAUCACCCCCUCCGAGAGCAUCUCCAACGUCCCCGACUCGCCCUUCCCGUUCUCGCCCGCGCUCAUGCCCCCGGUACCGUUGUUAAAUUCGCGCUGGAGCCGCAACUCGUCGAGCGUGAACGGGCGGAUGAUGGCCCCUGAGGAGGAGAGAGGCACGAGCCAGCUGCGACACAGCGCAGGCCCGGGUCUAGUGGACAUGACGAUAUUGCCGCCGCUACCGCGUUCCCCGUCUCCAAAGAGAUCUAGGUCAUCAAUGGUAUCUCCCCCAUCUUAG